UGGGCGCAGCGUCUCCGCCACAUCGCCACAUGCUCGCGCUCUACACGCUCGCUGCCUCGUUCCUCCUCCCCUCCCGGCUGCAAGCACCCGUCCCGGCUGCUGCGCACCGCACUCCCCAGCCCCGCGCCGCUGCCGACGAGUGCGUCGUCUUUUCAACGCUGGCGCAGCGCCGCAGCGUCGCGAAGUAUGAUUCGUCCAAGCCCGUGCCCGCGAAUGUCGUGACUGCCGCGCUCGAGGCGGCGAUCCUCGCGCCAAACCACUUUCUCACGGAGCCGUGGCGCUUUUACCAGUGCGGCCCCGAGACGGUCGCAAAGCUGUGUGCUCUGAACGAAGACAAGCGCGCGAUGUUUGAGGGCGUACCGGGCUGGAUCGUGGUGACUGUGGCGACCGAGUACGACGACGCGGGGCUAAUCUCGACCAAGAAGGGCCUCGAGGAUCACGCCGCAGUCUCGUGCGCCAUCCAAAACAUGAUGCUCUCCUUCUCCGACGAUGGGAUCGGCAGCAAGUGGAUGACCGGCGCUCUCGGCAUCGCGCCCGAGGAUAUCCUCGGCGCUGUGGGCGCCGACGCGGCAGCAGAGCGCUUCAUGGGCGCCGUGUGGUACGGCUACCCGGCAAAGCCGCUGGACCCCGAGAGCAAGGCGCCGCCGCGCAAGCUCGGUCUCGAGGGCGUGCUCACCUCGCUGGCCUGAGGAGGCGCGGAUACUUUGGCGGAGUUGGGGCGCCCCCUCGAUCGGCACGCUCCGCCAGCGAGAUGCGACGCGUCAUCCGCAAGCACGUGUGCGAGAGACCUUGAAUUUUGCACGCGAUGUGUUGCGUUUUGCGCGCCGCCGCGUCUCCCCGGACCCCGCACCCCGAGCCCCGAAGCCGCGGUACGUAGAGCCUAUAUAGCGGUUCACAGGCUUCAGCCCAAUCAGCGAGACGGUUCAUCCCUAGGGGUGCACCAAAGAACAUUGGUGCGCGGCGAUGAAAUUGGUUU